UAUCUCGUGUGUAAAGGUCUUAAACUCGACUCCGAUUCGAUGAUUGGCUGUCUGUCACCGGACUGUUUUUCCGGCCAGAACGCUUAUUCACUUACACCUAAAUCGGUUCACGUCGAACAGCCAGCUUCCAAGUCGUCCCUGUCAGCGACUAGUGGAGGCAUUAAGCUACCCCGGAGGCGGCAAAAAGUAUUAACAGAAGACGCUCUCAAUGUGACCGAGACGGUGGGCUCGGCGUCAUCGGCCACUGGUACAGUCUGGGGCCGAUUGGAGAAAGGCACUCGGGGUCUAGUGGGUCGGAUUGUUGAACAUUUUCUGCUUGUCAAUCAAGCCAUAAGGGAUAAAGACUCAUCAAAAUGCCGACCUGGGAUUCGAGACUCUGACGGCGAUGAUGAUUCUGAGAAAAAGCAUGUAAGGAUUGACGUGCCCAGUGAACAAGUACUGCGUAUCUGUCAGCAUCAGGCAUUGCUUGAGGACACUGGCUUUCUUGGAUUCAUCAGAGACAUGAAUGAGCAGUGA